AUAUAUAUAUAGCUUCUGGCUCUUAUAGAUUUGCUUCAUCCCAAUUAUGUAACUGAGUUCUCGGCUCCUGUUCUCGCGGAGUCAUCGUGUUUACAUAACAUCCUUUUCUAACACUUCUUUGUAUCAUGUCCACCAGAAUUCGAAUGGAAACGACAAUUUGGUUUGUGAAACCAUGAAUUGUGCUUCUCACAUGUUGCUACGAGGGCAUCUGAGCGACUUACAGCCCAUCAUGUUCAAUGAGCUUCCUGUGCGAACGGAACUCCAGUCAGAGAACGUCUUGUGCAAGUACCUACAGGCGAAACUGCACCUUUUCCCACCGAACCGAAGUGAGGAGAAGUCCCCACAAAUUUGUGCGCUUCCCACAAGUCUAGACGAUACCACUGAAAAGAAUCGCCUACCCGGGCUGCUCACGAGAGCAAAAACAUGCCAUACGCUAUCAGAGUCUAAGACCGGUGCGCAGUUAUCAAUCAAACCAUCCUCAACACCUUUCCGGACAUGGAUAUUGAUGCGGAUGCUUGGAAUACGACAUCAUAAACCCCCCUGGAAUUGUCAGCGCAUAAGAGCGCAAUCAGGUCGAGCAGAAGCUGGAUGGAUGGAAAUCCCAAUCUGGAUAAGUAUCAUCAUGAUUCCAAAAAUAUCCGAUACUGGUACUGAACGCGAGAUUCUACCCUAUUUUCUACAUUCUAUCUGCUUUGAAGCAGGUCUUGAGUGGCAAGGGGAGAUGCUGCAUCAUGGGCAUUGCGUGUAUCCAGAGAUCGUGAACUGUGGAGUAUGGACUUAGGGACUCACCCACUCAGUUUAGAAAUGCGGCUCAAUGCUCCACGCAAAUAGAGACAAACUCCCAAAACCUCGUUCAAAUUGUCAUGUCAUCCGUAAAUAACCUCGACGCACACACCGACCCAAACGCGCCAUUAUGUCCGCGGUCGACUUUCAAUAUGCACCGCUCACGACCUCCG